AUGCCACAGCCAUGUAAGGUACACGUCGAUCCAGAAUUCGCGGAAGAACGUUACAUCAUGACUGAGGAGCGUCGCAAGGCCUACGAGAAGAAAGCACCUUUGACGCCGCAAGAGGUCCGCUGGUUCCAAGUGUGGGACAUUCUGUUUCCAAGCGAAAGUCGGCCAGAAUCUCCUUAUCAACAUUUUGACUCUGUUGAACAAGCCAUCAUUCAGACUGCUGAUGAUAUUAUUCCCGAUCAAGUGGAGUACCAGGUUCGCAACUUUCCUGGCUUGGACCGAGCGGAUGCGGAGCGCAUUACUCGACGCGUGUUGGACGAUUUCCAGACUCUUCUCUGGGAGCGAUUGGAUGUAAAUGGACUGGCCCGAAACACCAUCGUGGCUCCGGCUGAAGUUGGCAACAACGUCGGUCGUGCUAGCAAUCAGGGACCAUUUUCAACCGCUUCUGUAGAGGCUCCCCAACCCAACGUGCAUCCGAAUACGACCAACGACGGCGCCACCCAAGGGGACCUUGUCAAUGCUGCCAACAUUGGUUGUGGUGGUAACAGUGGCACGGAACAUGGCAUCUCUGCGAACCUACUCCAGAAGGCUCACAACGCCAAUAUGCCUACAGACCAUGGAGUUUCCCAGGAUCUCAAUCACACUGAGAUUCCCAAUAACACAGCUGUAAACUUUGACUGGCAAAUCAGCCCUCAACUAGUGUGCACUGUCCACGGCGGUGUCCUUGAGAACGUCACCGCACCCGAACAGCCUUACCAAGAGGUACAGUACAGCCCAGAUACAACGCGAUCACCCAGAGAUUUGGAAACGAUCAGGGACAUAGAUUGGUCCACCCUGCUCGCAGAGGUGGACCCAUCUACUUUUGGGGCGAUUGAUUGCGCGAAAGUCCUGCAGAACUGA